AUGGCUAUUCCCUUUGCUCUGCCCUCCGAGGACGAGGCUGAGACGCAGGGCCAACAGUUGGAGCAGCUGAUGCUCGAUCUCUACGCAGCACUGCAACAGGUACUUCGGAGCAGGAGUGCUCAGCAUCCCUCUCGCAAUCACCGUCUGCCGCGACGGCCAACGGACGUCCCAGGAACCCGUGACCACCCGGUGAUCCUAAUCGACUCGGAUCUUUCCCGUCUCCCGCUCCCCGAUCUCGUACUCUCGGCAGUGGAGCAAUUGCCACCGCCUGAGCCCCAGGUGACAGUCUCAGCGCCCAGCAGUCCCACCCGGGACGCUGCAUUCCAGUUCCCCGAGUGCAGUGUACCAGUACCAAGUCCCCGGCCAAGACCACGAAGACGAAGACUGACGUCUGAGAGUUCAGUGCUGGAGAAGGACAACAGUAGGAACGACAGUGGCAUCUGUAGCGGCUGCUGCGGACACAUUAGGGACUCACUGAACGAACGAGAGUGGGCCAGUGUGGGAGCUAAUCUGAGGAAUAUCGCUGAUGACUUUCAUGCAUCCAAGACCAAGGACGCUGAGAUUGAAAAAUCGAGACUGCCAUGUAUCGGUACGAGUUUUCCCCCCGUGCCAGCCUCAACGACGUCCUCAUCACCGGACAGUCUGCUGUCCCUCCUGAUCCCAGCGCCACUCCGCGAGACCCUGUGGACGACAGUGGCGUUGUACCUAGGCUGGCGGCUGGUGUCACGUCUCCGAUAGAGACGAGUCAGACGCCCAAGUAGGCGACGCUGAUGGC